AUGCAAAUCUUAGGUCUCUUUAAGAACCUUUGUAAUGCGAUUCAUACAUCUAUAGAUUCGAUUCAUGCUCGUGCCAUGUUNCACCUUCUGGAUGAUGAUGAUGAUGGAAAUCGUCAUCUGACAUCACCGUUGCUUAUAAUACCGGCCGCAUCCAAUGCGUAUCGUUUGAAUCUAUCGAGUGUUGUAUUUACAUGGACGAAGGACGAUGAAAUGAAUUGUUUCAAUGUUCCCAGUGAUGAUUGUAUCCCGUCGCUUCAGAAUUCUGAAUUGAGCUCGCCGAAUGUCUUAUAUCCACGUUAUUCGGGUGAAACGAUCGAAUUCACUCCUCGUCGACAAUCGAUACAAGUGACACCUCCGAUAGAAAAUCUAAGCCAUCUACAAUUCAUACCAUCGGAAAUCAAAAUUAACAAUGAUUCUCUUAUGUAA